CUCCCGUCUGCCCCUCCCACAGUUGUCUCCCCCCUUUCAUCCCAUCCACCUACUCCUCUUUUGCCAUAACAUCAAAUCAUCUCGCCCGCGAGCCUGAGAUUCUGCGACGUUCACCGACUGCCACCAACUCUACCCCAUCUGGCCAUCGCUCGACGCCGCGAUCGCCGUAGUACUAGCACUGGGAAGAUGUCGUGGAAGCUCACCAAGAAGUUGAAGGAAACCCAUCUGGGUCCCCUCACCAGCACCUUCUCACGAAAUCCUUCCACCUCCACCAUCACAGAGAAAGACGAGAAGGGACUUGCGACCCCUUCUGCUCUUACUCCGACUGACUCGAUCGCCGCAUCGGAAGGCCUCGUACAAGAGCCGAUCGUAAAGCCACCGAAACCCGGCAUCCUCGUCGUUACCCUACACGAGGGUCAGAACUUCGCCCUUCCCGAAGAGCACCGCAAUGCAUUCCAACAUGGCCAGGGGUCGAUGUCGACGGGGAACGCUCUCAACGCGCCCGGUUCCGUGCGACCGGGAUCUUCUCAGCGAGCGGCGGUCGGAUCGUAUGCGAACGGCCGGCCGCAGACAUCUGCCGGAGGCUUUACCGGCAUACCUUCCAACCACGGCCGAAUCUCGAGCAAAUACCUGCCCUACGCCCUUCUGGAUUUUGACAAGGUUCAGGUCUUCGUGAACUCGGUCUCGGGCAACCCGGAGAAUCCCCUGUGGGCUGGCGACAACACGCAGUACAAGUUCGACGUGUCUCGCGUGACCGAGCUAAACGUGCACCUAUACAUGCGCAAUCCCAACGCGGCUCCGGGGUCGGGACGAGGCCAGGAUAUCUUCCUAGGUGUUGUCCGGAUCAACCCUCGAUUCGAGGAGAAGCGUGCUUUUGUCGAAGAUCCGAAGGCUAACAAGAAGGAUCGCGAGAAGGCGGCGGCCGAGUUCAACAACCGGGAGCGCGAGCUGGGGCAUACUGGUGUUGAUUGGGUCGACGUGCAGUACGGCUCGGGUAGGCUGAAGAUCGGCGUCGAGUACGUCGAGAACCGUGCUGGCAAGCUCAAGAUCGAGGAUUUCAAACUGCUCAAGGUGGUGGGGAAGGGCAGCUUCGGCAAGGUCAUGCAGGUGCGCAAGAAGGACACGAACCGGAUCUACGCCCUGAAGACGAUUCGCAAGGCCCACAUCAUCUCUCGAUCCGAGGUUUCCCAUACGCUCGCCGAGAGGUCGGUGCUCGCCCAGAUCAACAAUCCCUUCAUCGUCCCCCUCAAGUUCACGUUUCAGUCCCCCGAGAAGCUGUACUUUGUCCUGGCGUUCGUCAACGGCGGCGAGCUGUUCCAUCAUCUCCAGAAGGAGCAGCGUUUCGACGUCAACCGGGCGCGCUUCUACACUGCCGAACUCCUCUGCGCCCUCGAAUGCCUUCACGGGUUCAACGUCAUCUACCGAGAUCUCAAGCCUGAGAACAUCCUCCUCGAUUACCAAGGUCACAUAGCGCUGUGCGAUUUCGGCCUCUGCAAGCUCGACAUGAAGGAUGAGGAUCGCACCAACACGUUCUGCGGCACGCCUGAAUACCUGGCGCCCGAGCUCCUCAGCGGCAAGGGAUACAAGAAGACAGUGGACUGGUGGACGCUGGGCGUCCUUCUCUACGAAAUGCUUACGGGUCUCCCUCCGUUCUACGACGAGAACACCAACGAGAUGUAUCGCAAGAUCCUCUCGGAGCCCCUGCAUUUCCCCGGUCCAGACGUGGUGCCGCCCGCAGCCAAGGACCUCCUGACCAAGCUGCUGAACCGCGACCCGGAAGAACGUUUAGGAGCUGCGGGUAGCGCUGAGAUCAAGGCGCAUCCGUUCUUCCACGCCAUCGACUGGCGCAAGCUGCUGCAGCGCAAGUACGAGCCGACCUUCAAGCCUAGCGUUGCGGACGCUCUCGAUACCGGCAACUUUGACCCCGAAUUCACGUCGGAAGCCCCCCAAGACUCGUACGUCGAGGGCCCGGUUUUGUCAGAAACGAUGCAGAACCAGUUUGUGGGCUUCAGCUACAACCGACCAAUCGCCGGGCUCGGCGACGCCGGCGGUAGCGUUAAAGACCCGUCAUUCGUGGGCAGCAUCCAGGAUCGGCGAUAGGUAGA